AAGAAAAGCUUUUCAGCCGUCGUCACUCUGCCAGCCAUUUCCACGUUCCACGGGAGUCGCAAGUGGACGCACGACGCGCAACUUGAGUCAAUUUCAACUCGAGGGAGGGGGGGAAAUGUUUCUGGGUCGAGUGCGCCCUUUGGAGAUGCUGCGUCGUCAGACUCUACUAAUCAAUCGAUUGAACCGGUGCACACAUGGAUAUCACUGGCAUUAGACGAGGAAGAGGAAUAGGGAGCGAAACAUAGGUACAAGAGCGAGAGACGGAAAGAAAACAUUGUCAAGAACCGUGUGUGUGUGUGUGACGUGUGUGUGUGUGUGUGUGUGUGUGGUUGUGUGUGCAGUCUCUGUCUGCGUGGCACAAGUUCACCGUUUCCUACCACGCGAACGAGACCCGGAAAGUUGGAGCGGGAAAUAUUUGCGCGCCGAGGAAGACAACGCGGUCUUUGUAAAGUCUUCAACGCACGAGGAAGAAGGAGUCCCGAAGUCACUGCCGAUACCGGUUUGGAUGUUACCGCAUGACGAACGACAAAAUGGUUAACUCCAAAGAGGAAGGAUUCCCGUGGACUCUUCUGUAGUUGGUAUCCCCGUGAUCAGCGCGCCGGUUGGAGUCUUUGGCUGGCGGAUAUCGGAUGAGCACCAUGUCGGAAAUUUUUCCCCGGAUAACGGAUUUCCAGUUGCGUUGAAAGGUGGGGGGGUGGAGAAGGUGGUUGGGGUGGGGGAGCGCGGGAAAUCAGUGGCGUUCCGCCUGACGGCUCUGGAUUACUGUUGCGCGCCAUGAUGCUGGUGCAUAUUGUCAGUUUAUUGUUACUAUUAGAUGAGGGCGUCCACGCCACGGGAGCCGCCCAGCUCGCCGUCUCGUCGUCGGGGUGGCGGGAGCCCCUGGACUGCGUGCGUGCCUCGGAGCUGUGCAACCAGAACGGCCAGUGCAGCUCGCGCUUCCGCAUCAUGCGCCAGUGCCUGUCGGGCGGCGACAAGGAGCGCAGCACCAUGCUGGCCUCCAAGGAGUGCCAGGGCGCCCUGGAGGUGCUGCAGGACUCGCCGCUCUACGACUGCCGCUGCAAGCGGGGCAUGAAGAAGGAACUGCAGUGCCUGCAGAACUACUGGAGCAUCCACAUGGGGCUCAGCGAGGGUAAGGGGGAGGAGUUCUACGAGAUGUCUCCCUACGAGCCAAUCCACUUCUCUGAGGAAUUUAGACACGCCUCAAUCAUCUCAGACUCCUCGUUGGCGAGGGUGGGCCCGUGCGCCGACGCGGCGCAGCCCUGCAACCCGUGUCUGGACGCCGCCAAGGCGUGCAACCUCAACGACACGUGCAAGCGCCAGCGCUCCGCCUACAUCGCCAUCUGCACCAAGGCCACGCCCCCGCAGCUCACCUUGGCCAAUCAGGAGCCCUGCAGUCGGAAGCGAUGUCAGAAGGCCCUGCGGCAGUUCUUGGAGCGCGUGUCCUGGGAGUUCAGCUACCCCCUGCUGUUCUGCUCCUGCCGGGACCAGGCGUGCGCCGAGCGCCGCAGACAGACCAUCGUCCCGGCCUGCUCCCACCAGGAGAGGCACAAGCCCACCUGCACCGAGCUGCGGCGCACCUGCAGGUCCGACGCCCUGUGCAGGUCCAGACUGGCUGACUACCACAUGAACUGCCAGGUGACUCCUCACACCGUGACGGGGUGCCCGCAGGAUAACUACCAUGGCUGCCUCAUGGCCUAUGUUGGCCUCAUUGGCUCCGACGUGACGCCCAACUACAGCGACAGCAGCCCCACCAACAUCACCAUCAGCCUCUGGUGCACCUGCAGAGGCACGGGCAAUCAUGAGCGCAACUGUGAUGCCUUCCAUCGGGACUUCACACAUAACUCCUGCCUCAGAAACGCAAUACGCGCGUUUGGCUACGGCUCGGAGGCACCACUUCCUGUCACGGAACCCUUGCCCACGUUCCUUCCCCCCGCCCAGCCGCCAAUCCUCGCCAAGCCUGGCCCUCCUCUCCAUGGCAACGCGCUCCAACCAAUAGACAGCGCUUGCAUGUUCUCCACUUGUGCUAACUUGCAGGACAGUGGACGGAAAUGCAUUCCCUCCGACGACUUUGACUGCGAGGAGGGCUCCAUAGAGUCUCGGAACCGGGACGAGGCGGAGAGCGGCGGCGGCGGCGACCAAUCACAGCGCAGCCUCUGUGUCACGGUGGGCGUAUCCAUCCUGGCCGAGUUCCUGCUCAGGGUCCUGUACUGAGAGGAUCACGACCGCAGUUAAAACAAACAUACAACAAAAACAACAACAACAUCAACCACACCAACCAAACCAAAACCACCGUCACCACACCAACAACAAACAAACAAACCGACCGACACACAAACCAAGAAACAAACACAGAUUUAUCGUGGGACCCCGGCUGGAUUGCGGCAAGAGCUGACUUCGCGCCCCUCAGGAUGUCUUGUGACAUCAUAUCCUCCACUGCCUGAAGAAAGAGGUUGACGCACCAAACACACAAACAAAGACUGGGAACUGUACUGCCGGGAUCGGUUAUUCCUCCGGCAGUGGACAGAGACAUCGUAACAGAAGACUAAGACUACGGACUGCUUGUGUGUGUUUGUGUGUCUGUGUGUUCGAAAGUGCACGCGCACGUGCGAGUGCACAUGCACAUGAAGGGUAAAUAAAGGACACCAGAGAGAGAUGUCUUUGUCACACAGCUGUGACACAGGGUUUCCGCAGUGCAGGGUCUGAAGCGAUUGUUUGCUCUGCGCGACUCCAUUUAGGCUGUGUUUCCCCCACGGCGCGUUGAUCUUUUUAUUUGUAUUGUGUUUUUCCUUCGGUCGUAUUCAGAUGCACCACAGACACCGCGACGCGGUGACAUGAUGGUGUGCCUGCGAACAAGCAAGCCUCCCCGAUCAGCAGAUCACCUCUGUAGCAGUGUGGCAAGCCAGAUAGCUGGGGAGGAGAGCAGACAGAGUUGGUGGUGAUGGGGGCAGACAGACAGGCAGACAGACAGACAGAGGUAGACAGACGGAUAGACCAAUGGAUGGAUCACAGAGCUACUCAAAUUCACUUAGUUCUGAAUCAUUUGGCUAGCUCUCGCUCUCUCUCUCUCUUGCUCACUCUCUCUCUCUCUGUUGCUGUAGUCACAAAUUAGGUACAGUGCACACACUAAGAACAUGCACACACAAACAGAUACAUACACAGACAUACGUGCAUAGAAAUCUCCUUUUGGAUCUGGUUGGUAGACAGGGUUUCCUGCACCACAUGCUUUUCUCUAGUGGGCUCUUUUGCUGGUCAUCGACUCCUCCAUUUUGUUGUAAACAUAUUGUACAAAAUGUGUUUUUGUGAAGUAUGAAGAAACAUGUAAAUCUAAUGUAAUUUAAAUGGAGAGUGUAUAUUUCGCAGUCAUUUACGUGGGCUUGGUAGUGUGUGUGUUAAACGUGUGUGUGUUUGUGUGCAGGCAAGAGUGAGUUUGUGUAUGUAUGUGUGUGUGUAUGCGUGUGUCUGUGUGUGUGUGUGUGUGUGUGUGUGUGUGUGUGUGUGUGUGUGUGUGUGUGUGUGUGUGUGUGUGUGUGUGUGUGUGUGUGAAUGUGUGCGUGCGUGUUCAUUGUGUUCAACAUGUGUGUGUGUGUUCUUCGUGCGUUCUGGUGUAUCCAGCCUCUGGAUUAUUUUCUAUGUUUGACGGGCGGUUCUAGAAUGUUCUAGAAGGUUGGAGAAGGUUCUAGAUUAAGAUGACCUGCCAUGGCCUGUUACUGAAUGAGGUGAACACACAAGCGUUAGGACAGACUCCCUUCUGGGCUGUUGCUGCGUGGAUGACCUUGAGAGUCGUGGAUCACAUGUCUGUUGUAAUGCGUACUUUAACAGCUGUUUCUCGAAACCAUACGAAAGAAAAGAAACGGAAACAAGCUAAUGAAGGCAGGAAACAAUUACCCCAGUGGUAAGAAGAAAAUAAAUAAUAUAUAUAUAUAUAUAUAUACUGAUAUACAUAUAUAUAGACAUUUAUAACAAGGGAAGAUUGUUUCAAUUUGCUGGCAUAUUUGUUUUGAAGUUUAAAGUGCUACAGAAUGUAACUGAAUUAUGUGUCUGGAGAUUUCAAUAAAAUUCCCAACGGUA